AUGGGCAUCCGUCCUAUGCCUUGGAACGAGUGGAUCGAACUUGAUAAUGAGUACGCGGCCUAUCAUCGCAUUCGUUCGCACAGGCUCCACACACGAGGUCCCAAGGCCCUUGCCUUUCUGCCUGCCAAAGUGGGGGUAGUUAACUCGGCCUACGAAGCGGCUAUUGAAUUGGUUCACGAGCUUGCGGAAUACCUCAUUCGCCGUUACCCAGCCACGUUUCGUGUGACUCGGCAUACUUCCAGCUACAUAGCUAGUUUAUCCGAUUCGCCGCGCAAGAAGGGAAGGCUGGACUACGGUUGGGACGGCGCGCCAGCCAUCAAGGAGAUUACCGUCGUUCCUCUCGGAGUGACUUACGAUCUUCCUCUCCCCGUAGAUGACGAAUCGGCGUUCGGAAUCGCAGAACGUGCGAUGAAGGUGGCGGCUCUCUUGGUUCAGGAUGAUUUUGCCUUGAUGGUCGAAGGUCAAGAUGGACGCUACUACCUUCAAGGCGGAGCAAUCUGUAUCCCAGGCAUGGCUUUGAUUUACUUCCUUACAUCCACGAUCUAA